UGUUGACUGGGUGUUCGAGUGUGUGAUCGUGAGUGCUUCUUGAGCCGUCGUGUGAAAAAAAAGGGGGGGACAUUUCUUUUUGAGCCUUUGUUCUUUCUUUUUUUUUCUUCUUUAAGUGCCACAUCAAGCUCCCUCAGCGAAAAGCAGAACUUGUCUAAACCCCCUCCUGGGAUUGUUAAGAGGACCCAGGGAAGACAGCGUGCUGCCAGCAUCUGCCUGGCUUCCCAGCAUCUCCACGAUGACUGAGAGUCGAAGGGAAGCACUGGCAGCGGCGGCGCCCGUGCCCACCACCGCCUCCUCUGCCACGGCUGGCUCCAACACCACCAACAUUGCCGGCCCGGGCACCGGUGAGAAGGACGAGGCCUUUUCCAAGCUGAAGGACAAAUUCAUGAACGAGCUGAACAAAAUACCAUUGCCAUCAUGGGCCAUUGUCUCAAUUGCCUUUGUGGCAAUCAUCCUGGUGUUAGCAUGCUGCUUCUGCAUCUGCAAAAAAUGGAUAUUCAAGAAGAAAAACAAAAAGAAGGGCAAAGACAAGGGCAAAAAUGCCAUCAACAUGAUGGACGUCAAGGAUGGAGCCAAAACCGAGGCCUUGAAGGAUGAGGAGGAUGCGGAGACAGGGCUGACUGAAACGGAGCAAGAGGCCGAGCCCAAGGAGGACCAGAAACUGGGCAAAUUACAAUACUCCCUGGAUUACAAUUUCACAGAGAAUACGCUUAUUGUGGGGAUCAUCCAAGCGGCAGAGCUGCCUGCUAUGGACAUGGGUGGCACAUCUGACCCAUAUGUGAAGGUCUACCUUUUGCCUGACAAGAAGAAGAAGUUUGAGACCAAGGUCCACAGGAAGACCCUGAAUCCUGUCUUCAAUGAGCAGUUCACCUUCAAGGUCCCCUAUGUGGAGCUUGGUGGAAAGACGCUGAUAAUGACAGUGUACGAUUUUGACCGCUUCUCCAAACACGAUGCCAUCGGUGACAUCAAGGUGCCCAUGAACAAGGUGGACUUCAGCCACGUAACAGAGGAGUGGCGGGAUCUGCAGAGCGCUGAGAAGGAGGAGCAAGAGAAGCUGGGCGAUAUCUGCUUCUCUCUGCGAUAUGUUCCCACUGCCGGCAAGCUGACCGUGGUCGUCCUCGAGGCCAAAAACCUGAAGAAAAUGGAUGUGGGAGGCUUGUCAGAUCCAUAUGUGAAGAUCCACCUGAUGCAAAACGGAAAGAGGCUGAAGAAGAAGAAGACGACAAUCAAGAAGAACACCCUCAACCCUUAUUACAACGAGUCCUUUAGCUUUGAAGUCCCAUUUGAGCAAAUCCAGAAAGUGCAAGUUGUUAUAACUGUUCUGGACUAUGACAAGAUCGGCAAGAACGAUGCCAUCGGCAAGGUCUUUGUGGGCCUCAACAGCUCGGGGACGGAGCUGCGCCACUGGUCUGACAUGCUGGCCAACCCCAGGAGACCCAUCGCCCAGUGGCACGUGCUGAAGCCGGAGGAAGAGGUGGACGCUCAGCUCUCCACCAAGAAAUAGGCAGGGCCCUUUCAGCACCUGCCUUGUAGUACUCUUUAGCCAGUAUGUGUAAAUACCUCAGUGAUAUAUGGGUCCAUCCAUGUAACCCCCUCUCUUUACCCCGCCUCUUCCAGCUGUAACGCUCCUAAUAUCACAAACAAUCCUAAUUGUUCAAACAUCCCACCUUCUGCUUUUUUUCUAUCAGGUUUCCUACUUUUCUCGCUUUCUCUUUAUUUUGUUCCUUUCUGAUUCAGCUAUUUUUGUUUGUCCAUCUCUGUGCCCUUAAUCGCCCCAACCAAAUGCCCCCUUCUUUUAAGCAAUAUGAUCUGUAUAGAUAGCGCAUGACUGAAAGAAUUUAUUGUACCACAGUUGUAUAUAUAAGUAUGCAGACAAAAAUGAUUUCUAGUUUAUGUGUUUGUAUGUUGUUACCCGUUUCCUAAUCUGUGUAUAUCUUGAUGUUUUUAAUAAGAUGUUCUAUUUUAAAUUAUGUAAAUGCAGAUAUAGAGGAAAGCCAAUAUUAUAUAUCCCAGGAUUUAAAAUUCUACCUUAUUACCUUAUUGCAUUCCAGAAAAAAAUGAAUUCCAACCUGCAAGACACUAGUGGAAAUAUAUUCACAUUGUAAAGGACAAUGUCUGGCUAUAAGUUCAGCAAUGGAUCAUCACAGAAAAGAUGAACAGACGAAUAUAUACACACAAAACCCCAAAAUACAAGGCCAUUAACUACUAUGGUUCUGAGGGAAAAAAUGAUGCUGCUGGAAUUAUACAAGCACAUGAUUUCUUACGACUUUUUGUACUUAUUUCUCAAUCAGAGGACCUAUAUGUUAAGCUUGAUGCACACUGUUACCAGAAACAAUAGUUAAUGCAAACCAGUUAGCAUUUCAUUUCACCAUAUUUGGCAGUUUCUUCUAAGUGAAAUAGGUCCUCGUUUUAAAGGCCAUCAUUCACUUAUACUGGCUUAUUUUCUUUUACAAAAAUAGAAAAUAUUGCUCCAAAAAAAAGACUAAUUUCUCAACCCUUCAGAAACAGACCCCAUGUACAAAAAAGCACCAAGCUGUAGCCAUUGUGUCCUUAAGCUCAUUUAACAAUAUUUCAUUAACUGUUUACUUUGAACAGCCUUGUCGUUGUUGGAAGUAUAUCGCAUUUAGGCCGGGGUCCGAUCUUUGAGAGGGAGUAAAAAAAAAAGUCGUGACUCUGGUUUUAAGAAGACUAUUUUUUAGAGCAAUUCAACGUCUUGACUAUUUUUAGUAAACUGCAUGAUUUUUUUUACAAUCUUUACUAAAGGCUGGGACGGGGGAGAUCUACUGACACCAGGGGCUGUCUCUUCUGAUACGAUCCCCUUGCCUUCAAUCAGAGGAGAGGAAAGAAAAAUUAAGAGUGAUGUUUAAACUUUGGGUCAAUGUAUAUGAUUACGUUGACGGAGAUGAAGCGAGUUUCUAAACACUGCCAUUUUCAGGGAGGUGACUUGUGUAGAGACCCUCUCUUCAUGCACACUCCCACUUGCUAGUGGUUGUAGCUUUGGUUUCUUGGGAACAAUGUCUUUGGCUGCAAUGGUGCCCUGAAUCGCAGUCUUUGCUUUGCGUUGCCUUUUCACAGUGACAAUAGAGCUAGCCAUGUUUUUUAACUUUUAUGUGGCUGCUGUUUUGCACUGGAUGUCUUUGAACUAGCUUGUUGACUUCUUUAAAAAGAUAUUUCUGGACAAUUGUUGGCUGGUUUUAUUUCAGGACACCUGCAGGGGGAGCCAGAAAUCUGCCUGCUCAAUCGGCUUAAUUAAAAAAAAAGAAAGCAAUGAUGACAAAUCACGUUUUAGCCAACUGCAGUUACAUCAGUUUUGUUUUCAUGUUGGCACAGGACUACACCAAGAGAACGCGAAAUAACCGUAAAGUUAAUGGUCUGCGUAGGCUAUUAGUCCAUCAUGUCCUUUACUACGGGUCCAAUUAGAAAAGGAAUAAGUUUUAAUCCAUGAAAACCAUGAAGUCUCUUAUCUUGGAGGAACCUCUUGCAUAUACUCGAUGCUAGCUUCAGGAGGACUUUCUAAAUGUUUUCAAUGUUAUUGUGUAGUUGAUAGCACUAUUAUGAAAAAGCUACUUGUCAUUCCAUAUGAGUCUCUGAGGACUGCUUUGUGUAUCACUGUGACUGCCGUGUGUGCUUAGAGAUGUAGACUUAUCAGUAGGUAGCAAAACCAGUUUGUUCUGUAGUGAUGUCGUAGCAUUUAAUGCCAUUUUCCCUUCUACACGCAGAGAAAGAGAGAGCGCGUGGCGUCGCCCGACUGCACGCAGCCAAAAAAAGGUGGAAAGGUGUUUUUAUUCGAGUGCGAGCGGGUCGUUGCUUCACACAGCAUUUUGUUGAGCACUGUGCAAUACUUGUAUGUUCAUCCCAUAGUGUUAACGUGGGUGGCGUUGCCCGAGAAAAAAAGAUUCUAACUCUAGAGGAUGAUACCAGUCCAGAGAGAUGUUUCUCCUUUCCAGUGAUUAGGACACAGCACACGUAGAUUCAGCUUAUAGGUUGGAGCUUGACACCUCUAUUUAGGGUUCCCUCCCUUUUCGAAGGUUUGUUUUCUCUUCUUGCACACAGUUCCAGCAUCAGAAGUUUCAGGGAGUAUUAGUUAAAUACCAAACCAGAUUCUACAUUUAAAUAUCCCCUUAAAAUGCCAUGUAUAUAUUUACAUAAUCGUGUCAAAAAUGUAAAUCUAGAAUGAACAUAAAGUGACAUGAAAAUGAUUAUUCAGCCGCAAAUAUCAUUUUAUUUAUCUAUCAUCCAUAUACUGUAUCACAUUAUCAUUGUGUCAUUUUCAUUAUGGAUUUUUUUAUUUGUUAACUGCUCUGUUCAUUCAAAAACCCCCUUUUAUAUUUGAGAUGAAAACUCUGAAUGUACAGUAUGGACUGUGUUGGUGUAGAUUACUUUAACCGUGAGAUUAGAUGUACUUUGCACUUUUUGUUGUAAAAAAAAAGAAUUUUGUUUAUAUUUUUUCAACUAUUAUGAAUUUAUUUUAAAACCCUCUGGGGUGAAAUCUGCCCCGUCUGAUAGCAUUCCAAAAUCACUGAAUAUACUUAAAUACAGCAACAUUCCCAAUUCCCUCUUCCACCGAGGGAUUCUUUUAUUUGACAUGUUUCACAUAUGUAGAUUCAUGAAUUUCAGUACAGCUUCAGAUUUAAAUAAAAAAAUGGAUUAAAGAACAAGGUAAAGGCUCUGUAAAAGUGGCCUGAGCAAUUCAAUAUUUAUACAAAAAGGUUGUACUAACGGAAUAAUCCGAUCAAAGCUAAAAGAAAAUCAAACAGAAUUAUGGAAUUAAGGAAUAACACAAACAUGUAGAAACGUAUCAGGGAAUUCAGUAAUGGGAAGCAUUGCAGAACCCAUUGGAUUGCGAGAUGUGUGUAAACACCACAAAGCAAAAGCCAUUACCUGCACCGCAACGCAAUGCUCCUCUUAUUGCGAUUUCCUACCAAAUAUGCAUGCAUAACCAAACCCUAAAUUCUCCUCUUGUAAAAAAAAAAAAUACACCUUAUCAAGCUCUCUGUGUGACCAGGAACUCAAGAUUCUCUCCAGUGACACUGACAAAAAGCCACACUGACCUUUCAAAAACAAAGCUGUGUAAAGUAUUAGAAUCUGAUGCUGUAGAAAGAUCCUAGUUGCCUUUGUGUAUAUCAACUGCCUGCUUGAGUAUUUUGUGUGUGGAAAUUUUCUCUGUAAUCUUGUAGAACUGUUUGGGGUGUUUUUUCCUGCCAUAUUGCUCGCGGUGACGGCGAGCCGCUGACAGUUAUAUUUGCUGUGUAUACCUUCAUUUUUGACGAGGUGUUUUACAGUUUUGUUUCACUUUGUGUAGUGAUUCACUCUGUGGAGUUUUCUGACUGUUGUUAUAUAACUUCAUAUACACAAAUGAUCAAUAAAAAUGUUUUAU